CACCUCUCCGUCCCUGGUCUCACCCCGAUCCUCCACCUCUCCGUCCCUGGUCUCACCCCGAUCCUCCACCUCUCCGUCCCUGGUCUCACCCCGAUCCUCCACCUCUCCGUCUCUGGUCUCACCCCGAUCCUCCACCUCUCUGUCCCUGGUCUCACCUCGAUCCUCCACCUCUCCAUCCCUGGUCUCCCUCAUUUCAACCCAUCCCAUGCUGAGCUGCUGCCUUCUUUCCUCCUGUCCUACCCUGGGGCACCUCACCAAGUUACUACA